UCACAGGCUUUGGCAAGUGCAUCUUCAGUUCACCUCACUCUGGCUCAAGAAGGAGGGGCUGGAGCCCUGGCCACGUUAGGACAAUGACACUGGGGCUGCUGCUCUUGGCUCUCAACUUCUUCCCUUCAAUUCAAGUAGCAGAAAACAAGAUUUUGGUGAAGCAGUUGCCCAUGCUUGUGGCGCAUAACAAUGAAGUCAACCUUAGCUGCAAUUACACCUACAACCUCCUCUCAAAGGAGUUUCGGGCAUCGCUUUAUAAAGGAGUGAAUAGUGAUGUGGAAGUCUGCAAUGUGAGUGGGAAUUUUUCCCAUCAGCUUCAGUUUCACUCAAAUAUGGGGUUCAACUGUGAUGGGAAUUUGGACAAUGAAACAGUGACAUUCUACCUUCGGAAUCUGCACGUUAAUCAAACAGAUAUUUACUUCUGCAAAAUUGAGGUCAUGUAUCCUCCUCCUUACAUAGGCAAUGAGAAGAGCAAUGGAACAAUCAUUCAUGUGAAAGAGGAACAUCAUUGCCUUGCUGCUGAGCUGUUUUGGGCACUGGUGGUGGUUGGUGGACUCCUGGCUCUCUAUAGCUUCCUAGUGACACUGGCUCUCAGUAUUUUCUGGACCAAGAGCAGAAGGAACAGGCUCCUUCAGAGUGACUACAUGAACAUGACUCCCCGGAGGCUUGGACCCACCCGCAAGCACUAUCAACCCUACGCCCCAGCUAGAGACUUUGCAGCCUACCGCUCCUGACAGGGACCCCUAUCCAGAAGCCAGCCGGCUGACACCCCACCACCUGCUCAACACCACUGCUCUGGAUAGGAAAGGACUGCUUCAUCUUCAGCCGGUCACUUUUGACCCCUGAUGGGACACCAACGCCAAUUAUUUUUGCGCAUCUAGACCUAAUAUCAAGACCAUCUUGAGA